CUGGACUCUACCAAGUCCUACAAGACUGCCAUUUCAUGUAAGACGGAGAGACUUUAACAUUUCAUUUGGAUGUGUAUUAUUGAAAAAAAUUGGAACAAUGAAUUUUAUUUGAAAUCAGGGUUUUUAGUUAUCUACCGACGAUGUUCAGAAGUUAAAAAGAGAGGAGAGUAUCUGCAAUUAAAAAGCUGAGGACAUUUGACAAUUAUAAAGACGUACCAACACACAGUUGGUUAAAAAUUGACCAUCUUCAAUCAAAACGCUGUUGAUAUUUGAUGAAAAAUAGUCUUCCAUUUUGCUGAUUACGGAGUUUUAAAAAGAAUGGAGUGAAUUUUUAUUAUUUUCGCCAAAAAAUUGAAAAGAUGGAAUGAGUAAUACUUUUGUUUACAAAGGAGUGAAAUUAAAGGCUGGAAGUGGCAAGGAAGCAAAAAAAUAGUGACGAUUAAACUGAAUUCUUUAGAAAACCCGAAAUUAAAAUGUGCAACUGAAGAUAGUGGGACUCUUUGGAGGGGCUUUAAUUUUAACAAGUGCGAAAUAAAUAAAAUGACCUCAGUGGAUGUUUGAAUUGGUGAUUGGGCCAUUAAAAAUUUGAAUGCUACUUUGUCGAAGUUUAAUUGAAUUCUUGGGAUUUCGUUUAAUCGACUGGAGUGGAUUUUAGAAUUUCGAGGUUAAGUAAUAAACAGACUGAAAAGGAAAACAUUCACAUGGAAUUAGGAUAAUUUAGGCAAGUAGUAAAGAAAACUAUUGCGCUUUUGAAUCAACAGUUGGCACCUCUUUAACGAGUGGAAAACCAGCCCUUGUGAUAUCUUUGCAAUAGAAGGAAAAUAUAAUUAACAAAUUUAUGUAGGAACCUGCUUUGGAAGAAACGAAAUAAUGUCGCACACCUAACUUGUCUGCUGAACGUUUAAAACAGCAUAAUUAUGGAGUCUGCAGAAAGUCUUUCUUGCUUUGUAUGCGUUUUUGCAUACUUGAUUAACUACUCAGACAGCCUUUUAUACUCCAUCCCAGAGGCCCUUCCGCAAGACCACUUGAUCGGAAACAUCGCGAAGGACUAUGAUAUAAGGUCAAAAGUCAGUGAGGAAAAUUUUCGAAAUUUGGAAUAUUUCUUUUUGGACUUGGAAGCUGAACAUUUGAAAUAUUUCUCGAUUGAUUCCAAAUCAAGUGACCUAAAAGUUAAUGAACCAAUGGAUUAUGAAACUGUUUGUCAAUUUUCUUCGACACAGUCUUGCACGUUUAUCUUAGAAGUGGCUUCUAGGAGUUCUUUGGACACAUCAUUUUUAAAAAUCUCUGUGACUAUUGAAUUACUGGAUAUUAAUGACAAUCCUCCAAAAUUUUCAUCUACUUCAGUGACUUUACAAUUUUCGGAAUCUGACGUGGUUGGAACUAAAUUACCAUUAGAUCGAGCGACAGAUUCAGACAGUGCAAAUUUUUCAGUUGGACAUUACGAAUUACAACCAAUUGGCGUUCCUUUUCAUAUUGAAGAAAUAGAUGACGAACUGAACCUUGUCUUGGAAUAUGCUCUUGAUAGAGAAACUGUCAGUGCCUAUUUACUGGAAUUGAUUGCAUUUGACAAAGGCGAACCUCCUUUGAAUGGAUCGAUAGUUGUUAACGUUGACGUCUUGGAUGCUAAUGAUAACAAGCCUAAGUUUAGUAAAGAAAAGUACACAGUGACUAUUAAUGAAAAUGUUACAGUAAAUGAAGUGAUUUUGACAGUCAAUGCCACAGAUAAAGAUUUGAAUGAAAAUGCUGAGAUCUUUUACAGCAUUAGCACAAACCAAGCGCAGAAUGUUAUGAACAAAUUUGCUGUAAAUGAAACCACCGGGGAUGUGUAUAUUAAAAGUAAGAUAGUAUACACCUCUGAUGAGCCAAUCAAGGUCACAAUUCUUGCCAAAGAUGGUGGUGCCAGACCGCAAACUGCUUCAGUCAUUGUGGAAGUCACUGUUGAAGACUCCGUUAAUGUUCAACCAGAAAUUUCUCUCAAUCUGCUUUCCACGUCAGGAUCAGCUGAAGCCUCCGAGUAUGCAAGUAUUGGUUCCGUUGUGGCCUACUUUAAAGUAUUUGAUCCAGAUGGUGGACGAAAUGGACUCAUCGACUGUACUGUGGAAAGUGAGCAGUUCGAAAAACAGGGACUCGACUCUAAGGAGUAUAAAGUCAUAGUGAUUAGUCCACUUGAUAGAGAAGUUGCUGACAAACAUAAUGUAUCCAUAGUUUGUCAUGAUCUGGGGGUACCACAGUUGUCUGUUUCUGCGAAUUUCACUGUUGAUGUACUUGAUGAGAAUGAUAAUGCUCCAAAGUUUACACAGGAAUCUUACGAGUCUUCAAUUAAAGAAAAUAACAAUGAAGGGUAUGCGAUCGUGCAAGUACACGCUAAAGAUGCUGAUGAAGGUAAAAAUGCAGAUGUUGCUUAUUACAUUGAUCCAUCAAAUAGAACAGACUUUGACAUCAACGCUCUAUCCGGGCUUAUAACUGCAAGUAAAAGUUUUGACAGGGAAGAAAGAUCUGAAUACAAAAUUCUUGUAACAGCAGUUGAUUCUGGGAAUCCUCAGAUGUCUUCAUCAAUUAUUGUGACUUUGACAAUACAAGACGAAAAUGACAAUAGUCCUGUGUUUGAAAAGGAAAUAUUUGAAUACUAUAUUCCAGAAAGUGAUGGAAAAGUUAACACUGUUUUAGGAACUGUUCUUGGUAAGAUUACUGCUACUGAUUCGGAUCUUGGUGGUAAUGCUUACGUGAUGUUCAGUAUGGUUGGAAAUUUAACUGAAAUGCCUUUUGAUGUUUUACCUGACGGAACAGUUAAAACUAAGAGCGAGUUGGAUAGGGAACAGAAUGAAAAGUACAUUUUCCAAGUUAUGGCUAUUGACAAUGGCCGUGAAGUGCGUAGAAGCAGUGUUGUAAAUGUUACUGUGCAUGUUACUGAUAUUAAUGAUAAUUAUCCUUUCAUCGUUUAUCCAAAUGAUGAAAGCUUCGUGAAACGCAUAACAUACCAAACUCCAGCUAAAACGCAGAUUAUGAAAAUAGAUGCAAAGGAUAAUGACUUUGACAAAAAUGCUGCUCUCCUUUACAGAAUAAACUCAAGGAAUGAUUCUAGCAAGUUUGAAAUUGGUCGUCAAGGAGAAAUAUUGGUUGCUAGGAGAUUGGAGGAAACUGACAUUGAUACGUAUUUCUUGGACAUAUCUGUGUCUGACCAAGGUAAUCCUCCGAAAUCCACCUCGACGAUCAUCCGCAUUGAAGUGUUGGCAAAGAACGUUACUGCAGUAGCAGCAAUGGCAGAUGGGAAAGAAAGCGGCAACAUUGUAAUUGCCGCAGUUGUUAUAUCAGUGACUGUCGUGUUUGCUAUUGGAAUAACAGUGAUAAUAUUUCUAGUAAAAAGACGCGGUGAUAUUAAAAGAAAAUUCUUUGAAAGGCCAACAACUGUUCAAAACAGUAGUCCAGAUAGACUUGAUAAUUUUGCACCUACUGUAUUAGCGAAUGGGAAUACCCAGAAAGUAUUUCACAAUGGGCACGUGCCAAGAUUGCUUCCAACUGCGCCAUCCCCAGAUGUUACAGACUCAAAGCCGUACAAGGAUGUAAAGUUUCAGGAGACGGUACAUGUCCGGGAGAAAAGCUUCGACUCUACGAUGGAAUCGACCCAUGAGCAGCAGACAGUUGAGAAACAUAGACUGGCGUCCCUUCGACUACAGCAAGCGUUCAUACAGAAUUCUGGAAAACAGUGGACCAGUCAGUCCGAGCUUCCGUGUGACAUGGGAAAGGAUGGAAAGCGACAGGAGGAUCACCAUAGCGAUCUGUCUGCGGAGACGGCAACAUAUGACAGCGGCAUGGGUGGCAGUGUUUCCGAUACAGGAGAUAUCCGACUUAACCAGCUACAGCAGAUUGUUCGUCAAAGUGGGCGACGAGGGAAACCGCCGCAUAAAUCGCAUGGUGGCCAUUUCUCGUCUCCAACCAAUGCCCCAAAAAUCAUCGCUAGAGGACACUCAAACGGAACCAAUAUGGCGCCAGAGCGACCUCCACCAUUGAAGAACAACCCAUACAGAAAUAUGACAUCACCGCAUAAAAUGCAUUCAGCAACAACAAAUAUGCCGCACCUAUCUCCGCCAAUAAGCCCCGUACCUUUUAUAACAUCGAGUCCAACUCCGUGUAGCAUGAAUCAAAACAGUUUUAUAACAGCGCCAUCACCGACAAAAUAUAUGACAGAAAAACUUAGUCCUACGAGACAUUCGCCAUCAAAAAAUACAGUGCAGGACUUGUUAAUGUACAAAAACUUUCAAAAUGGCCUCCGACAUACAAAUCGUAGGCAAAUUGUGGAUGAGUCGGUGGAUACGACGCAGUUUGACGAUGAUGACAGUACGACGUCAGGGAGUUAUUACAUUGAUAAUACAGUGGAGGACUGGAAACAGAGUCAUCCUCCCAUCAGCGAUAUCUACGUCUGAUCCCACGCUGCUCAAUUCUACACUGGUGCUGUUAUAUUGAUGUGCUACACUAAAAGUUGAUCUCCAAAAUUGUCUUCCUGAGUCGCCUCCCUUGAUGGGCCAAUUAUGAGUUACCCAUCUGCUGACCCAGAUGGAAAGGAUUUGAUUCCCUUUCUUAUCAGGGAAUAUAGAAGAAAGGCUCAACACUUCAAGGGGAACAACUCAAUUUCGAGUGAGGCAUUCCAAGGGAGACAAAUCCUGCUGUGAUAUGGGUGCAAUUUCUGUGCAAUACUCGUGUAUUUGGACUAAAUUGAUGAACAAAUCUGAACAUUCAUUUGUGUUUGAUAUUAAUCUCAUUAUUUUGUGUUAUUUUGUGAUUUUGCAAAAUACCAUGGAAAUAUUAUUAAUAUUUGUCCAUGUUUUUCAUUUUUAAGCUUCAGAAAAUGUGCUAUAAAUCUGGAAUUAAAUUGUUAAUUUACGUUCCAGUAUAAAUGACAGAAGCUGUUUAAGAUAUGAUAUGUUUGUUGCUUGCAUAUUUUUACUGCACAUUUUGUUUGAAAUAAAUUGAA